AUCCGCCGCCCACCGCCGAUCCUGCGGCCACCAUUCCUGCGUCCAUCCAAAGCUAACCAAACCCCCGGCUCCCCGCAAAAAGAUAAAAAAAAAUCCCAUUCCCCAAAAAAAUCGCCAUAUAAACCCCCCACCCCAUCCUCCGCCUCCACGGCCUCCCCCAACUCCGAUUCGAAAUACUCCUUCCCCAGCUAGGGUUUUGCUGCCUCCGCCGCCGCCUCCCGCCAGCGUCGUCCCCCCAUGGCGCUGCCGAACCAGAACACCGUCGAUUACCCCAGCUUCAAGCUCGUCAUCGUCGGCGAUGGCGGGACUGGCAAAACCACUUUUGUGAAGAGGCAUCUCACUGGAGAGUUUGAGAAGAAAUAUGAGCCCACUAUUGGUGUUGAAGUUCACCCAUUGGAUUUCACCACUAACUGUGGAAAGAUCCGUUUCUACUGCUGGGACACUGCUGGGCAAGAGAAGUUUGGUGGCCUUAGGGAUGGAUACUAUAUCCAUGGUCAGUGUGCGAUAAUCAUGUUUGAUGUCACUUCAAGGCUGACAUACAAGAAUGUUCCUACGUGGCACAGGGACUUGUGCAGGGUGUGUGAGAACAUCCCCAUUGUCCUGUGCGGGAACAAGGUUGAUGUGAAGAACAGGCAGGUUAAGGCCAAGCAGGUGACAUUCCACAGGAAGAAGAACCUGCAGUACUAUGAAAUCUCUGCCAAGAGCAACUACAACUUUGAGAAGCCCUUCCUUUACCUUGCAAGGAAGCUGGCUGGUGAUCCCAACAUUCACUUCGUCGAAGCUGUGGCCCUUAAGCCCCCGGAAGUGACCUUCGACCUGGCCAUGCAGCAACAGCACGAGGCUGAGCUUGCGGCUGCAGCGGCACAGCCACUGCCUGAUGACGAUGACGAUCUGAUCGAGUAGAGAGAGGAUCAUGAGUCUUGUCUGUCUUAUCAAUCAAUACUUUGAGAGCCAGAGACUGUGCGAGUCGGUUUUAGGUUGAAGGCUUGAUUUGGAGUAGUCAAGCCGGAUGUUUUUCCUGUCUGCCUUGCCUUGUCUGGUGGGCUGCAAACUGUUUGUGUGACAUUGAUCUACAUCAUGUUGCUUGCCAUGGAUUUGUUGUUGGCCACCUUGAUGGUUCAUCAGUAUUAUUAUGCCUGUUGGCUCAAUGUGUGGAUCAUAUAUUUAUCUUGA